CUCUCACACUGUCGACACGACACAUGUAUAAAAUAUACAUGCACGAUGUACAUUCAAGCAAUACUUCCCACAUUGUACAUAAGUGUGUACAAUACAAGUCAUCUACUGUAACUCAGACUCAGAGCCAGCCAACAGUUUUAAAUUCAGUACAAUGUGAGACGCCGUUAAGUGUCGUUGUAUUUGAAUUACUCACUUGAGAUUUAAAAAUACUCACCUAUCUACAGAACCAUUGUUUACUUUUUAAUUAGUAGUAAUAUUUAAUCAUCUUCAUCAAAUUAUUUCUAUUAUGCACUCAGUGAGAUUGUGACUGUGGAGUAUCGUAAUUAGUGAUUGAAUCUGUGCAAUGUGGUUUUACUUUUAUUUAGAUUGGAUUACCCGUUAAUUCCAGAUAUUGCAGAUUAUAUGUAUCAGUAUUAGUUUUUAUAUUCAUUUACCAGUAAAUCCACUUGACAACUGAAUAAAUGGACCAGUAUAAUAAAACAAAUUAGAGCGAUGGAUGAAAUACUAAUGGUGGGACAUGAGAGCAGAGUUCUGUAUAUAGAAGUGUGAGAGAAAAAACAAAAGUUCUUCGAAUAGAAGGGUGUCUGCAGUCACUGUAACUAGUGUCUGGAGUUUGGAAAAAAAAAUAAUUAACGUGAACAAAUAUAAAGAUCAAAGAUGAGCUCCAGAGUAUUGUUGUUUGCACUGACUUUAGCCGCUAUUGUUUUUACCACUCUAGCGGCUCUUGAAGGCCCAAAUGUCUGCGUUCGACAAGAAGUAUAUACCGUAACAGUAAAUGUAUCAGAACAAAAACCGUAUCAAGUUCGUGAAAACAAAUGGUGUUUCGCCGUACCACCAAGAUGUUCGAGUUACCGUAUGGAAUUCAAAACUGUUUACAAAACAGAGCUAAUCAAUAGAACACGACCAGUGGAUGAGUGCUGCAAAGGUUACGGACAAACUAAGAGUGGUGAUCGAUGUGUUCCUAUUUGCAGUCAAGAGUGCGUCCAUGGUACUUGUAUCAUGCCUGAUGUGUGCAAUUGUGAAAAAGGAUACGGUGGACCUUUUUGUGAUAUUCAAUGUCCAGUUGGUAAAUGGGGCAAACAUUGUAGCAAAGACUGUAAGUGCAUGAACGGCGCAACGUGUGAUCCAUUUAACGGGGAAUGCAAGUGUACAAAAGGGUGGAUGGGUGAUAAAUGUAACCAAAAGUGUCCUCCAGAUCAUUACGGCCAGGAUUGUGGUGAAGAAUGUCGGUGUCGAAAUGGCGGCAGUUGUCAUCAUAUUUCUGGAGAGUGUCAUUGCGCUCCUGGCUACACCGGACCACUUUGCGAUGAUCUGUGCCCCGAAGGACGACAUGGCGACGAUUGUAAGACCGAGUGCAAGUGUCAAAAUGGCGGACACUGUUCGCCGACAGACGGUAACUGUUCCUGCACUUCUGGAUGGAUAGGCGAAGUUUGUGGAAAUAGGUGCCCAGAUGGUUUUUGGGGUCAAAAUUGUACUCAAGAGUGUAUUUGCUACAAUGGUGCGGCGUGUAAUCACGUAACGGGUGAAUGUAUAUGUAAACCAGGUUAUCGUGGACAUGAGUGCUUUGAAGUUUGUCCUCAUGACAAAUGGGGUUUGGAUUGUAAAAAUAAUUGUACUUGCCAAAAUGGGGCCGCGUGCUUACCGAACAAUGGCACGUGUGUUUGUAAACCUGGGUGGAUUGGCGAACAAUGUGAAAAGCGAGGUUGUCCUGACGGUAGAUACGGACCCAAUUGUCAGAAGGUUUGCGAGUGCGAUGAGUCAAACACGGAACUCUGUCAUCCAUGGACCGGGAAUUGCGUUUGCAAAAACGGGUGGGACGGACCCAAAUGUUUGAGAUCAUGCCCGUUUUUGUACUACGGCAAAGGAUGCGAAGAACGCUGCAAUUGUAAAAAUAACGCUCAGUGCUCGCCGAUAGAUGGAACAUGCAUUUGUGCUUCUGGUUUUCAUGGAACUGAUUGCAGUGAAGUUUGUCCCGAUAAUAUGUAUGGCGAAGAUUGCACUCAAAAGUGUGCAUGUAAGCAUGGCGCCUCUUGCGCACCGGAUACCGGUCGUUGCAAUUGUACAGCAGGAUGGGAUGGUGUUCUGUGUGAUCGGCCUUGUCCAGACGGUUCAUUCGGUAAAGAUUGUGAAGAUAAAUGUCAAUGUUUCAAUAAUGCAGCAUGUGAUCCGCAGAAUGGAACUUGCACAUGCGGAGCUGGGUAUAUUGGCCACCACUGUGAGCAAAAAUGUUCUCCAGGUCUAUUCGGUCAGGACUGUUUCCAUCAAUGUGAUUGUGAGGAAGACAAUACUCAAGAAUGUAAUCCUACUACUGGAGAAUGUAGUUGUAAGCCGUUGUGGCGAGGAGUAAGAUGUGAAACACGAUGUCCAAUUGGUUUUUACGGUGAAGACUGUCAAACACCGUGUAAAUGUAAGAACAAUGGUUCUUGUGACCCGAUAACUGGGGUUUGCGCCUGCGCUCGUGGAUGGGAAGGUUCCGAUUGUUCCCAGCCUUGUAAACACGGAUGGUAUGGCGCCCGUUGCAAAGAAAAAUGCCCGGAAAAAAUUCACGCGUGUCAAUGUCGUCCAGGGUGGCAAGGAGAGCGCUGCCAAACUCCCUGCGCUCAAGGAACUUUUGGGGUUAAUUGUACUCAGCAUUGCAGAUGUCAAAAUGGCGGCAAGUGCCGCGCAAAUGAUGGAGUCUGUAGAUGUACUCCUGGAUGGACUGGGGCUCGGUGCACUGACAUCUGUCCAGAAGGUUACUACGGUGACCACUGCAUGGAGCCAUGUGAGUGCAAAAACGAUAAUUUCCAAUGUCACCCGGCAAGUGGCUGCAUCUGUCGUCAUGGCUACACCGGGGCCAACUGUGAAGAAGAGCGAAUCUCUCGCAACGUCCAAGAAAAGACUGAAUCCAGUGUAGGAAGUGUCGUAGCAGGAAUAUUCGCAGCAGUGAUUGUAAUAGCAGCGACUUUGGCCGCUUGGAUGUACCACCGACGUCGUGUGGCUAACCUCAAAAUGGAGAUGGUCCAGGUGCAGUACAUUGCCGAACCGGUAACUCCUCCAGACCGCAAUCAUUUUGACAAUCCUGUUUACUCAUGUCAACCAAAUUCGACUCGCAUUGACGACGCGGCAAUGUUGCUGAACAACGGGGUGAUACGGAACAACUUGGGCACCAAGAGCACCAACAGCGAGAAGGCAAAACUGGGCUUAGGGCUACCUGGGAAUGGUGCUUGCUAUGCAGAUGAUGAUGAUGAUGACAGUGACAGCUGCAGAGGCGCUUACGGACAGUAUGACCAUCAAGCUUCGUUGAAAAACAAAGACGCUGACUUGGGCAAUCCUAAUGUCAAUGUCUAUCACAGUAUUGAUGAAAUGGACAACAAAAAAGGUGCAGAGCAUCUCUACGACGAAAUAAAACAGAACAACGCUGAGUUGGAGUACGAUCACUUGGACUACACACGGCCAUUAGGUGCGUGGAAGCCUCACUACCAGCGUAUGGCCAAUGGCUUCGGUCCCAGCAGGGAUGAAAGUGGUUCCAGCAGAAGCGGCUCGACGAAUCCUCAAGAUCCAGAGUUUGGAGGCAAAUGAAUCUCUUUUUACAAAAUUAACCCUUCAUAGCAUAGGUUAUACCGUACGUAUUGGUCAUUACUUGCGUCAGCAGCGGAAUUAGCCAAAGUAUGUCGGAGUUGCUCGAAUGGCGGAUUUUUGGGUGAUAAGAAAUCUCUCACAGUGAUAGAGAAAUAUUUUUCUUUUUUUAUCACUAAAAAAAUUAAAAAUUUUUAUUCUCGGAUAUCUUAAUAACUAAAAAAUUAUGUACAGGUAAAAAAAUUUCAAAGUAGUUAUUUAAUUUGAAAAUUUAGCGAAAAAGAAGUUCUUUAAUGAGUGUGAGAGAAUUUUUUA